AUGCCACCAAAGAGGAAGGCCAGUAGACCGGCUGCUGAACAGUCCAAUGACUCGCCCGCCAGUAAAAAGGGCCGUUCUGACUUGCACCAAUCGCACCCAAACGCGAAGCAAACGGAGGACUUCGGCAUAGUCCUACGUCAAUUCUACCCGCCGGAGAUGAGCAACGAGCGCUGUCAAGCAUACACUAAUGGCGAGCUGGAACGACCCAUUGAAACACUACAGAAAGCUUGCCGGGAAACUGCUGAUAAGCGCCGUUCGAUCGAUGUGGGUAGUGCUGUGGUACAUUGGUUCAAGAGCGAUCUCCGGCUUCACGACAACAGGGCACUGUACACUGCCUACCAAUUUGCGAAAGAGAAACAGGUCCCAUUGAUUGGUCUUUACAUCGUCUCCCCUGAAGAUUGGACUGCCCAUUUGACUAGCCCCGCCCGAGUGGAUUUCACCUUGCGCACCCUCCAGCGAUUGCAACAGGACCUGGGGGAGCUGGAUAUCCCUCUCUACAUGGAAACACAGGAGAAACGGAAGGAGAUUCCGAAUCGGAUUGUGGAAUUAUGUCAACAAUGGGGCGUGAAGAACGUAUAUGCGAAUAUCGAGUAUGAGGUAGACGAACUGCGGCGCGAAGCUAAGCUUGUUAAACUCUGCGCAGGUAGCGAUAUCAAUUUCGCUCCCAAUCAUGACACCUGUGUGGUCACUCCGGGCGCGCUAGCUAGCCAGCAAGGGAAACAGUAUGCUGUUUAUACUCCAUGGUAUCGCUCCUGGUUGGCAUUUCUGAAAGAGAACCCGGAUUACCUCGAGGUCUCCGAGGAGCCCGGGCCAAAUCCAGGGAAUGCACGACAACAAUUGAAAGAGUUGUUUGAUUGCAAGGUGCCAGCCGCACCAAAAACUCACACCCUGCCGGAUGAAGAUCAGAAACGCUUCGAGGGGCUUUACCCAGCCAGUGAGCAUGAAGCUCUCCGGCGACUGGAAAACUUUCUCAAGGAAAAAGGUAAAAAGUAUGAGGAGUUGCGGAGCAUGUUGCCUGGUGAGCACACUUCGAUGUUGAGUCCUUACUUUGCAUGCGGGGCGCUUAGCGCAAGGACUGCCGUCGCGACAGCGAAGAGGAUCAACAAAGGCCAUAUCGAUCGAUAUGACCCCGGAUACAUGACCUGGAUCAGCGAGCUGGCCUGGCGCGACUUUUACAGGCAUGUGCUUGUGAAUUGGCCUUUCAUCUGUAUGAAUAAGUGCUUCAAGCCCGAGCAUACUAAUAUUGAUUGGGAGUACAACGAGGAUCAGUUUCAAGCUUGGUGCGAUGGCAAGACAGGCUUCCCGAUCGUCGACGCAGCAAUGCGCCAGCUCCGUCACUGCGCGUGGAUGCACAACCGCACGCGCAUGGUCGUCUCAUCGUUUCUUACCAAGGACUUGAUGCUCGAUUGGCGUCGUGGCGAGCGCUAUUUCAUGGAGAAUCUGAUUGAUGGUGAUUUCGCCUCCAAUCACGGCGGGUGGGGGUUUGGUUCUAGUACUGGUGUAGAUCCGCAGCCAUAUUUCCGCAUCUUCAAUCCUCUUCGACAAAGUGAGCGAUUCGAUCCGGAAGGAGAGUACAUUCGCCAUUGGGUGCCAGAACUACGCGACGUGUCUAGCAAAGCUAUCCACGAUCCUUACGCGAGGGGGGCGUCAGCAAUUGCGCAGAAGAAUGGCUACCCGAAGCCCAUUGUAGACCACGCAGAGAGUCGGAAUCGAGCAUUGGAGCGGUUCAAGAGUGCACUUCAGAAAGGGUGA